GUAUAAACUACGACAGCGUGCCACAGCUAAAGCGCUGUACAGCGCGUCGUUGAUGUUGGGUGUUGUCAGUUACGUGUCGUUUUAAUGUUGUGUUGUUAAUUAAACGUAAGAAUGGAUUACGGUUCGAGGAUGUGCUUGCUAAUCAGUGUGCUCGUGGUUUAUCAGAUAUUUCAAUCUGCAAAUGGUCUAUUGAUUAACAACACCAUCGUGUGGUGCACGGUAUCGGAUGCUGAACAGCGAAAGUGCGAAGCGUUCUCCAAAGCGGUGGACCAGAAAAUAUCAAGCUUUACGUUCAGGGAUAUAUCUUUAGCAUGCAAACAAGCAUUCAACGAAGAGGCCUGCAUGACCAUGUUAGACGAAGAAAAAGCACACUUGACCACAUUGGAUCCUGGGGAGGUAUUCAUCGCUGGAAGAUACCACAGUCUUCUGCCAAUUAUGCAAGAAAAACUUGUUACCGGAUUAACUAGUCAGUCCGCAGUAGCGGUAAUAAAGAAAGGCGGACUGUCUGAUGUUCUCUCCCUUAGGGAUCUCAGAGGUAAAAAGGCCUGUUUUGCAGGAGUAGGAACUCAAGCUGGCUGGGUCAUCCCGAUACACACGUUAAUGGAGCAAGGUGGAAUGGAAGUGAUUGACUGCAACAACCAUGUGAAAUCAACGAUAAAUUACUUUGGUCCAAGCUGUGCUGUUAAUGCAUUGAUUGACAAAUAUAAUCCGUUAGGUGACAAUUCCGAUCAAUUGUGUAAGCUCUGUAUAGGUAAAGUACCAGGUGGAAAAUGUACGAACGCAGACCCAUAUGCUGGAUACGAAGGUGCUUUCAAAUGCUUACUUGAAGCUGGCGACAUAGCAUUCCUUGUUGAUACAACAGUGCAAGAGAUGACCUCGAAUACUCUUGAUUUGAAUUCACCUAGCAAGGAUCAAUUUGAGCUGCUAUGCACUGAUGGAAGUCGUAGGCCAGUUGACGAUUUUCGUAAUUGUAAUUGGGGCAGCGUACCAUCGCGAGCGAUUGUUACCUCAUCUGCGACAGAUGUGAACAUGCGCAAACUGUAUCAGAGAUUUCUUAUAACAGCUAGUCAGGAAUUUUCCAACUCAUCUGCAAAUUCCAAUUCCUCAUUCACGAACGACAAUCGUUUCGGAAAUCGAGAUGGUUAUGAGAAUAGACCUAGUUUUGACAACCGACAAGGCUAUGAUAGAUCUGACGAUCGUAAUUAUAACAAUAACUUUUCUGGUAACAGAAAUUUUUAUUAUCGUAACGGAUCGGAAAACAAUUUUGAGCAAGGAAACAAUAACGGACUGUAUCCUUCGGACCGACAAAGUCCAGGCUAUGUGGAAAAUCCCAAUAUAGCUGACAUACUUCCUCUGGAGAAUUUUGACUUGUUCGAAUCAUCUCCGAGAUAUGGAGAACAUCAUAAUUUAUUAUUUUCGGAUUCAACCAGAGAGUUUCAUUUGUUAGCUGAAAAGGACCAAAACUAUCCACAAUAUCUUGGACGAUCCCUGAAUGCUAUUUUGGCUGUUAGACAUUGCCCAGUGAACAGAAUGACUUUGUGCGUAACUUCCGAGCCUGAAAUGGAAAAGUGUAUUAAAAUGAGGAUCGCAUUGAAGGCACAGUUGUUGAAACCAGAAAUGGUCUGCUAUAAGGGUCACAGUCAGAUACAUUGCAUGCAGGCUAUACAAAAUGGAGAUGCCGACGUGACGGAGUUAGAUGCUAGCGACGUUUACACGGCGGGUCUGCGAUAUGGACUCAUACCGUUCAUCUCCGAAGUCUAUAAUCUGGGCAGUCCUGACUACUACGUUGUGGCUGUAGCCAAGGAAGAGGACCCGACCACGGAUUUGACAUACUUGAAAAAUAAGUACACUUGUCAUCCUGGAAUAAACACUGCAGCAGGCUGGGUCUAUCCCUUGGCUUACUUGAUUUCAAACGGAUGGAUCAGGGGCUAUGGAUGUGAUUCGGUGCGCGCAGCUGCAGAAUACUUCACUAAAUCCUGUAUACCCGGUGCUCUGAGCACCGAAUAUAAUACCGGAGUGCCGUACGACAAUAUGUGUGACUUGUGCCAUGGAGCGAGCUACAGAUACUGCCGCCGAGAUGCUUCUGAAGAUUAUUUUGGAUACACCGGUGCUUUCAGGUGUUUAGUCGAAGGUGGAGGCAAUGUUGCUUUUGUCAAACAUACAACAGUCGCCGAAAAUACCGACGGUAAGCGAAGAUCCACUUGGGCUCGAAACACGUUCACCAAAGAUUUCGAGCUGUUGUGUCCAGACGGAACGCGACGACCUACAGGAAAAUACAUGGAAUGUAACCUCGGAAAGGUUGCCGCCAAUGCAAUCGUAACACGAGGCGGAUAUUACGGGUAUAAUGAAACCCAACUCAACGCUUAUAUCAAUCUAUUUGUUUAUGCGCAGCAAUAUUAUGGCAGGAAAGAUCCCGACGAGUUCAGUUUCAGCAUGUUCUACAGCACGCCACCUUAUAGUGAUCUAAUUUUCCAAGAUGCUGCUCAACAGCUUGUCGUUAUCCCACCUGAGAAGAGACAGUUUAGCGCGUAUGUGGGGCCCGAUUUUAUGAGGGCUAGGAGAAUUACUGACUGUAAUGCUGGAGCUGCUGCUAUUCAGUAUACUAUCAUUGGAUCAUUCGCUAUGGGACUUUUGGCUGUACUACUAGGCAGCUAGAAUCAAAAACGUCUUACCAUUAGCUAGUGUUUACCUCAUUUUUUUUUACCUGUACCGUAUCGUGCGAAUGACACAUAUAUUACGAAUCUCCGAGUCGAUUUCAAAAUUACAUUCGAAGACUGAGUACACGUCAAUUAGUGCAAAUGAAUCUCAUUUACAAUUAUACUUUUUACUGUUUGAAGUAGAUAAAGCCAGAGUCACGACCUUUCAUUCAUAGUUCCAGGAAUUAUCACAAAAACCAUAGCAACUAUCAAAAUUUUUGAGUUACUGGAGAAGUCAGUGAAUUCUAUUACAAACCUGAAAUUUGUUACGCAUUCCUGAUAUUUUUGA